AGGGCAAGCGGGGCGUCGCCAGCCCAACCAAAGCCGAAGAAGAGCGGGCACGCGCAGUGCCUCAGGAAGAGGAGGAGGAGGUGCGGGUGCUGACGCUGCCCCUGCAAGCCCACCAUGCCAUGGAGAAGAUGGAGGAGUUUGUGUACAAGGUCCUGUCCUGGAACGGGGAGGGCAGGCUCACCUGGGCUCCCCGCACCUAGCGGGCACGCCCUGGGGGGAAGAGCUUUCGCUCCUGUGCGUGGGCUUGCUUUCCUUUACGGUGAAGUAAAUCAAGGGGAAUCUGGCUAAAUUUUUACUGCCUACUGUGUUGACGUUGCUCAGAAUAUAUUCUAAAACAGGAGUUCUUACCUGUUUUUGCUAUUAGUCCCUUUGGCAGUCAUCAAAAUGUUAGAAUGUGAUAUAGUAACACGGCACCUUUAUUAAUACGUUAGCUAUGCAUGACAAGCUAUAAUGUAUUUUAUUAGAAUUUAUCAUUUCUAAGUGGUAAUCAGUAGAAAUAAUAUUUUGAUAUCUGCAAAACUAGUGCAUGAAAAUAUCUGUGAUUUCUAUUGGUGACAGAGUCACAAAUUCUAAUACUAGACUUGCUCACACUUACAACUGGGGGAAAUGUUAAAUUUAGUUAGAAGUGAUUGAAAAUAAAAAUUUUUUUCCAUCCAAAUUUCCAACACAGUCCAUUGUCCAUACGUCCCAGGUUAAGAAGCCCUGCUUUGAAAAGUCAUAGGCUCAACCCAGUGAGAACGUAGUAUCUAAAGGGGGGAAAGGAUGGACAGGCGGCCACCAGAGUCUCUGGGGGCAGAGGGCAGAGGGGUCUGGGAGGGGCGCUGGAGGGUCAUCCCAUACGAUGUGCUCCCCGACUGGCUGCAGGACAACGACUACCUGUUGCACGGCCACAGGCCGCCCAUGCCCUCCUUCCGCGCCUGCUUCCAGAGCAUCUUCCGCAUCCACACGGAGACCGGCAACAUCUGGACCCACCUGCUUGGUUUUGUGCUGUUUCUCUUUCUGGGAAUCCUGACCAUGCUGAGACCAAACAUGUACUUCAUGGCCCCCCUUCAGGAGAAGGUGGUGUUCGGGAUGUUCUUCCUGGGCGCGGUGCUCUGCCUCAGCUUCUCCUGGCUCUUUCACACCGUCUAUUGUCACUCAGAGAAGGUCUCUCGGACCUUUUCCAAGCUGGACUACUCAGGGAUCGCCCUGCUCAUCAUGGGGAGCUUCGUGCCCUGGCUCUAUUACUCCUUCUACUGCUCCCCGCAGCCACGGCUCAUCUACCUCUCCAGCGUCUGUGUCCUGGGCAUCUCUGCCAUCAUUGUGGCCCAGUGGGACCGGUUUGCCACUCCUAAGCACCGGCAGACAAGAGCAGGGGUGUUCCUGGGGCUUGGCUUGAGCGGCGUCGUGCCCACCAUGCACUUUACAAUCGCGGAGGGCUUUGUCAAGGCCACCACGGUGGGCCAGAUGGGCUGGUUCUUCCUCAUGGCUGUGAUGUACAUCACCGGAGCCGGCCUUUAUGCCGCGCGGAUUCCUGAGCGCUUCUUCCCUGGAAAAUUCGACAUAUGGUUCCAGUCUCAUCAGAUCUUCCACGUCCUGGUGGUGGCAGCCGCCUUCGUCCACUUCUACGGGGUCUCCAACCUUCAGGAGUUCCGAUACGGCCUGGAAGGGGGCUGUACUGACGACUCCCUCCUCUGAGCCGCCCCGCAAGGGCACAGCAGGAACUUCCCAAGUGCUUUUAAAAUAACUUCUUUGCUGAAGUGAGAGGAAGAGUCUGAGUUGUCUUGUUUCUAGAAGAAACCUCUUAGAGAAUUCAGAACCAACCGAGCUUCAGCCCACUUCACACUCACCGGGCAAUAAACUCUCCAUUCCCUCGCUGAGAGCAGUGGGGAUGGGCAGACGUGGCCGCACGCCCCUCGGUAAGGCGACUACUGUCCCCUCACAGAGACGGGGCUUUGAAGCUCAUGUUGAGAGUUUACCCCUCCUCCAACCGUUCUGGGGAAAAAUGAUGGACUGGGACUCUUCAGAAAUUCUGUUUCUGGAAGAAACUGUCCCUCCCUCACCCCUGUCUUGACUUUGUAACCUGGCUUAUAACAGGCCAUCCGUUUUUGUAGCACACUUUUGAGAAACAGUUACAACCUCGUCCAUCUUUCUAGGGCCUGGACUUGCUCACACAGCAGGAAGAGCAAAGCCACCAACUUUUACACAGCUGGCUAAUCAUGGAAGUGUGUCCAGGCUUCAAAUAACUUGAGUUUUAAUGUUUUCUUGGCAGAGUAAUGUAAAAUUAAAGUGGGGAAAGAUAUUUAAUAUUUAAUACUAAGCUUUAAAAAGAAACCUGCUAUCAUUGCUAUGUAUCUUGAUGCAAAGACUAUGAUGAUAAUAAAAGAGUACAGAAGACACUUGGCAUUCAAAGA